AUGGCAUCCUCGGCUGAAGCCAUCGAAAAGGCGUUCGCGGCCAAACAACGUCGGCCAGGACAUGCUCAGGGGAUUGUAGGAUCAUAUGAGCUUCAUCGUGAACUGCAUAUUCUGGAUGAGAGACGUUUUGAGAUGACGCGUGUGCUUACUCAAGAUAUGGAUAUGGGGUUUGGGAUUGUGGCGCCGUAUAAGAGCGACCAUCCGAUUUUGCAGACGUUGUCACCGCAGACAUUGGGGAAUAUUACCAAGAAUGGGACGAUUGCUAUGUUUGUGGGUGGGGGAUCACUAUUACGAGAGAUAUGCAGACUCAAUUAUGAAGCCGGUCAGAUAAUGGUUGGAUCCAGUGCGAAUAUUACUGGGAGUGGACAAAAGUUUAGAGUGGAGGACAUCGAAGAUGAGGUUAAAGAUGCAGCGGAUUUGAUUGUGGACUAUGGCCUGCAACGGUAUCAUAUCUACGGACGACCAUCCACCAAUAUGGACUUUGGACAGAUGAAGGUUCUCAGAAUGGGAUCGUGCUAUGAAUUGUUCCGAGAGCGGAUGCGCAGAUUCUGGGGGGUGGAAUUAUCGGAGGAUCCCGAGUACAAGACUGAUUGA